GCGCCUAUUCAGUGCUGCAGAAUUUACGCCGUGUGAUCAACACCGCGAUGUUUCCACUACAAAAUCUUGGAUACUUUAAAACCCCGUUCUCAUUUUGCGUACUACUCUUUUUGGCCGCUAGUGUGGAGGCGGACACACCUGCCAACUGCACCUACGAAGACGCCCAUGGACGUUGGCUUUUCGAAAUUUGCAACCAUCCGAACAACUGUUCAGGUCAUGCGAAGGAAAAGCAAGUAAUGGAUCUGCUAUAUCCUAAUCUGGUCGAUGUUGUAUCCGGAUACGGUAACGGUGGAUAUUGGACUCUGAUAUACAAUCAGGGAUUCGAAGUCACCGUUGCGCACAGAAAGUGGCUCGUCAUGUUCGCAUUCGGUCCUGACGGGGAGUCAUUCUGUGACCAGGGCAUUCCAGGUUGGUCACAUGACUCUCUUCUGCGCCAGUGGCGCUGGUUCAGUGCUCGAAAAGUGGACACUUUGCACCGCAGGAUCGUGCACAAAUCCAAAGUUGGCAACGCUGAUAGCGUUGAUCUCGAUCAAUUUUACCGAACAGACCUCUCAUUCAUCAACCAGAUCAAUUCUGUUCAGAAUUCCUGGACAGCCACUCACUAUCCGGAACUGGAGCGGUACACGCUACGUGAGCUGAGGCGCCGCACAGGAGGCGACAAGUCUGCUUUCCCCAAACCUUUGAAACUCAAACAGCCAACUUCAUCUCCCGAGUUGCUGCAAGCUAUUGACCACCUACCCGAAGAAUUCGAUUGGCGCUAUCCUUCCGGAGGUCAACCGAGUCCGAUCACCCCCGUGCGAGAUCAGUCGUCCUGUGGUAGCUGCUAUGCCUUCGCAUCGGCAGCCGCUCUGGAAGCUCGAGUCCGUAUUUGGAGCAAUUUCACACGAUUACCGAUCCUCUCCCCGCAGGAUGUGGUGGACUGCAGUCCAUACUCUGAAGGGUGCGAUGGUGGUUUCCCCUAUCUCAUUGUUGGAAAGUAUGCAGAGGACUAUGGCAUUCCGGAAGAGUCGUGUAACCCGUACACGGGCGUCAAGUCUGACAUCUGUCCGACCAAGCGCAACUGCUCUCGCUACUAUGCAACCAAUUACCACUACCUCGGUGGCUACUACGGCGCGUGCUCGGAACAUUUGAUGAAGCUGGAAUUGGUCACCAAUGGCCCGUUCCCUGUCGGGUUUGAGGUCUACGAUGACUUCAUCCACUAUAGGUCGGGUGUAUACUCUCAUACGACAUUGAAAAACCCGCUCACUCGCUUUGACCCAUUUGAGAUGACCAAUCAUGCUGUAAUGCUGGUGGGUUAUGGCUUCGACAAAAAGCUCAAACUGCCUUACUGGAUCGUCAAAAACAGUUGGGGCCCCUCGUGGGGAGAGGAUGGCUACUUCCGCAUUCUGCGUGGUUCAGAUGAAUGCAGCAUCGAGAGUCUCGGUGUCGCUUUUGAUCCCGUUCUAUAGCAUCUUUUAUUCCAACCUGUAUGCUAUGCGUAACUGGCUACUCACAAAACUAGAUAUUAACUACCCAAAUUCACACGACGACGCUCCUUUGUAUGAUUAUUAUUAUUGUUGAUCGAUUUUUUGAUACCUCGUUC